UACCUUCCCCCCAAAUAGAAAAAAGGAAAAUCUGGUCAGCCACCCAUAGGCAUAGCCAUGGCUCAUUGCUUACUUCUCUGCUCCAAGAUCUGACUUACUUUCCUAGAAACACCCACGCAUCCAUCCAUCUUCUCCUCUUCUUCUUCUUCUUCUUCUUCUUCUUCUUCUUUACUUGUUUCUGCGAUUGAUAGAGAGUGAGUGGCAAUGUCGAUUCACGGCAAGACCGAUUCGGAGGUGACGAGCCUGGCGCCGUCAUCGCCGACGAGCCGCCACCCGGCGUACUACGUGCAGAGCCCGUCGCGGGACUCCCACGAUGGCGAGAAGACCACCAACUCCUUCCACUCUACGCCCAUCCUCAGCCCCGCCGGCUCCCCCGGCCGCCACUCCCGCGAGUCCUCCUCCACCCGCUUCUCCGGCUCCCUCAAGCACAAGCAGCCCCGCCACCACGACAAGCCCUCCUCCGCCAACAAGCACUUUGACUCCAUCGAAGAGGAGGGCCUCCUCGACGACGGCGCCGCCCCCCGCGGCCUCCCCCGCCGCUGCUACUUUCCCGCCUUCGUUCUUGGCUUCGUUCUCCUCUUCUCCUUCUUCUCCCUCGUCUUGUGGGGCGCCAGCCGGAAUCAGAAGCCCGUCGUCACCAUGAAGAGCAUUUCAUUCAACUGGUUUACGAUUCAAGCCGGCAAUGAUUUCUCCGGCGUAGCCACCAACAUGGUGACGAUGAACUCCACUGUGAAGCUCAUUUACCGGAAUACCGGCACAUUCUUCGGCGUCCACGUCAUAUCUACGCCACUGGAUCUCUCCUACUCUCAAUCUGAGCUCACCCUAGCCACCGGAACCAUUAAGAAGUUUUAUCAGUCGAGAAAGAGCCAGAGGACGGUGACGGUGACGUUGCAGGGAAGCAACAUUCCUCUGUACGGGGGCGGUGCCGAUCUGAGCAGCAAAGACGGGACGCCGCUGGCACCGGUGCCGUUGAUGCUGAGCUUCACCGUGCGGACCAGAGCGUACGUGUUGGGGAAGCUGGUGAAGCCCAAGUUCUACAAGAAGGUUGAGUGCUCGGUGGUCAUGGAUGCCAAGCAGAUGAACGUGGCCUUGUCUUUGAAGAAGAAUUGCACUUACCAGUAAAAGUUGAAGAAUUGUUGGACAUAUUCACAAGGCAAACCCAAUCCAAACAUAAAAUAAAUGAGAGAGAGAGAGAGAGAGAGAGUUGAAUUACAUAUAAAUUGGAUGAGGAUUGGAGGAAGGAACAGAGGCUGCUUCUAGUUUUGGAUUUUUGUGAAUUAUUUUACUGAUGAGUUUAAUCAGGCAAAACGUGGAUACAGCUGUAGAUGUUUUUUUUAUCUAUAUAUAUAUAUAUAAUGUUGGGCCGGGUCCAGAUUCAGAUUU